AUGAAGACGUUCGUUUCUUUUGCCGCCUUCACGGCCGGUGCCAUAUCACAAGCCACGUUCGAGCCGGCUGACUUCAAUGUCACUGAAGCGCUCUUGAAGAAUGGUGUGAAUGUAUCAGCCAUACCCGAGCUAGCAUCGUUUGCGGAACGAUCUUUAUCAAGUGGUUGCUCAGCUGCCUGCAUGUCUCUGAAAUUGAUCUUCGGCGACGAUCAGGUUGAAACGCAGUCCGAACCCGCGUACACUGCAUUCCUCAAUGAUUUCUGGUCUGCCCAGCAGGUGGAAAUCUCGCCACAGUGUGUGUUCAAGCCGGAGAAAGCUCUAGACGUGUCUACCUCAAUCCUUCUAUCUCGACUUACGCAAUGUCCAUUUGCGGCGAAGAGUGGAGGACAUUCUGCCGUACCUGGAGGUUCAAAUAUUAAGGGCGGCAUUACUAUUAGCUUUGAGAAGAUGAACAAGACUACACCUUCCGCUGACAGGAAGAGUGUAUCAUUCCAGCCCGGACAAACUUGGUACGAUGUAUAUACCAAGUUGGAGCAAUACCAGCUCACCAUCAUUGGCGGUCGAGUUUCCGGUGUCGAUGUCGUUGUUGACUGUGUUUACGGGUUAUCGUGCGACAACGUUAUCUCCUUCGAGCUGGUUACGGCAACUGGAAUCAUCAUUACUGUCAGCAAGACCUCCUACCCCGACCUUUUCUGGGCUCUUCGAGGCGGUGGAAACAACUUCGGACUUGUUACCCAGUUUAACGUCAAUGCCUUGCCGAGAGCUGAUACCAUGUGGGGCGGAUCGCGGACGUAUCUCGAGAGCGAAUGGCCUGCGUUACUUGAAGCCUACAUCAACCUCGGCAAAAACGCCAAUCAGGAUGGAAAAGCACACCAGAUCCUGUCAUUCGUGUCAUUUGCAGGCUCACCACCAAUCGCGCUAGUUGAGUUGGAGUACGCUGAUCCUGUCACGAACGCAACUAUUCUGGAGGAAUACAACUCCAUUGAAGGUGCGAUUGCCGAUACGACAGCUGUCAGAAGUCUUGCGGAACUUACCACACUGAUCGACGGUAAUGGGGAAUUCGACGGGAAGCGUCAAGCUUUUUGGACUUGGACAAACAAGCUCGAUCUCGAGAUGGCUACCCUCACCAAAAACAUCUUCUUCGAGGAAAUCGCAAGCGUUGAAGGCGUGGCGAACCUUACAGCCGCUGUUUCUCUUCAGGUCAUCACCGACCCGAUACUAGAAAAGACGAAAUUGAAUGGUGGCAACGCUCUCGGACUGGACCCUAAGGAAGGCCCCCUCGCGCUGUUCCUGGUAUCCCCUAGCUGGUCCAACAGUGCGGACGACGAAAAGGUCAACCAGUUUGCUGCCCGUAUCAAGGAUCGCUGCGUAGAGGCUGCAAAGGCUGCCGGUAAAUCGAAUGACUACCUGUACAUGAACUACGCCAGUCCGUAUCAGAAUCCUGUUGCUAGAUACGGUGCAGCGAACCAAGCUAGGUUGAAGGCCAUCUCGAAAAAGUACGACCCUACUGGCGUGUUUGAGAUUCUCCAACCUGGUUACUUCAAGCUUGAUGGCGCUGCGCCAUUAGGUCAAUUGUAA